AUGCCAAGAGCGACUUUGGCUCGAGAUACUCUGAGAAGAACAUGGCUUCAGAAGGAUAUUUGGAAUUGGCUUGGGGUCGAAAUCAAGGUGGUUUUCAUCAUUGGAAAUGACGAGGACCUCAAAGAAGAAGCUGAAAACAACAAGGACAUGCUCGUCCUCGACUUUCCGGAAAACCACGACAAUCUGCCCUACAAAGAUAUCGGCUUCUUGAACUUCGUUAAAUCCUCCUGUUCUUCUGUUGAGUACGUCUUCAAGGGCGAUGAUGAUGUCCUUCUUGUCCCUCAAAAUCUCAUAACCGAAAUUGAGUCUCUGAAAAAAUCCGAAUUCGAAGCAACUGGAUGCCUGAAAAAUGCCAACACGAGGCCAAUAAGGACGUACAAGAGCAAAUAUUUCGUUCCGACGCAAGUUUAUCCCGCAAAUGGCUACCCUCCUUAUUUUUCCGGCUUUGCCUAUCUUACGACAGGAUCGUUUUCCGUUAAAAUGGCCGAGGCGAUACCCACUGUUCACGUGUUUCCCUUGGACGAUGUUUAUGUUGGCUCCCUGAUUGUGGCUUCAAACCAGACGAAAGCGUCAGAUGAUAUUUCAAAAUCUGUCUUCGCCAAUUUCGAGAGCAAAGAAAGCAACCAGAGUGAAAUCAAGGAAGAGCCGCAGUGGAAGAUCAUUGAACGUCAUUUUAUUCAAGGCUGCACAAAUGAUCAUUGCAAAAAACACAGCUCACUUGAAGAAGCGAAAGAAAAGUGCCUUCAGAAUACUUAUUGCUCAGGAGUCGUAGGAGUCAAAAACUGGUUUGAACUUCGCGCCGGACCGGGAAUAGUAAAAAGCCCGAUAAACGAAACAUCUUGGCUCCUGAAAACAACUUCAUGUAAUGGAGAUGAGAAUGGUAUAUUUCUAAAUCUGACGCUUCUGGAAGAAAAUUAUCCGCCAUUGAAAGGGCUAAGUAAAAAGAGAGUAAAUACGCAAAACUGUAUCUACCCAGGGUAUCCAAAUGUAAAUAACAUGAUGCGAUUCAAUCCUCAAAUGAAACUGUCCGUCAUUCAUCAACCUGAUAUAUGCAGUUUUAGUUCAUCUUCAGUUUCAACAUCUUUGAUUUUCGGAAUAAAAUCAAUGCCAGGAUCGACUUUGGCGAGAGAAACUUUGAGGAAAACAUGGUUGCAGAGCGAUAUUUGGAAAUGGCUCGGAAUCAAAAUCAAGGUUGUGUUUAUCGUUGGCAAUGAUAUUGAUCUCUAUGAGGAAGCUGAAAUCAACAAGGACCUCCUCGUCCUCGACUUCAAGGAAAGUCUUUAUACCCUCCCAUUCAAAGACAUUGGCUUCCUGAAAUUCAUUCAAUCCUCCUGCUCAUCAGUCGAUUACGUCUUCAAGGGCGACGAUGACAUUCUUCUCUUACCGCAAAAUCUAAAAUCAGAACUGGAAGAGCUAAUGAGCUCUGACUUUGAAGCAAUUGGAUGCCUGCGAAAACCAAACACGCCUCCGAUCCGAAAAUUAACAAGCAAGUAUUUCAUUCCAAAGCAAGUCUAUCCUGGCACCGCUUAUCCGGCUUAUUUUUCUGGCCUUGCUUAUCUGACAACUGGGAAUUUUUCCUUGAAAAUGGCCGAUGCUAUUUCUUCUGUACCAGUUCUCCCGUACGACGAUGUCUACGUCGGGUCCCUUAUUGCUGCAUCUAACCAAACCGAUAAGUUGACCACUUCGAUAAGCAUUUGCUGUGGCGUUUGGGCAAGUUCUGCUAUCUACAAGAAUGAUCUGUGUAGCAAGGUCUAA